AAUUGUGCAUUUCCCACUGCGCUGUCAGUUCAGAUUUUAUCAGAUUUUCUGUGUUGUUUGUGAGUUUUGUGCAUAAUCCUGAAUUUUUUGUAUUUUACAUUGUGAACAAUAUAUUUGCUUUAGUGUAAAAAUGGAGAAACCUGUAACAGAUCAGCCACCUCCGUAUUCAGCAGUGAAUCCAGGUGCUCCGCCAGCACCGCACAUGGGCCCGCCGCCGCCGCCCCCCGGCUACCCGACGUACCCCCCGCCCCCGCAACAGCCGCCCCCACCCCCCGGGUACAUGCCCAACUAUGGAGCUACCAGCAUCAUCAUACAACCACCAAUCAUAGCCGUUGGAGCUUGCCCUGCUUGUAGAGUUGGCAUUCUCGAAGAUGAUUUCACUUGUUUGGGUAUAUUAUGCGCUAUAUUCUUCUUUCCAAUAGGAAUCUUGUGCUGUCUUGCUCUUAAGAACAGACGAUGCUCCAACUGUGGUGCGAUGUUUGGUUGAGGAUGGUAUGCAUAGGAAUGAAUUCAUCCAUGGAAAAUACAAAAUUUACUUGGGAUCCUUGGCAUCUAUAUAUGUUUUAAUUUACUCAGGUUUAAGCAUGCACUUACAAUUGUGUUAUCAACAUUACAGCAUCACUGCAGUGACCUUGGUCACGUCACUAGAAUGUAAUGUGUGUAUUUAAAACUUGUUAAAAUUUCAAUAUGUUUGAAUAUACUAAUUGGUAAACCUAAUCUUAUUCAGAUUCAUCUCCUCAAUUUAAUAUAAUCUACCAAGGUCAAUUAAAUAAAAAUAUGAAUGGUAUUGGUUUAAUCUUUCAUGUUAAACAAUUCACAAUAUGUUGAUGAAACUUUUUGACAAUCAAACCUUUUUAUGCUCAUAUUUUUCAAUGAGUAUGGUGGCCGUAAAACUACUUGUUAAACCCUCAUGGUUUUGUUUUCAAUAAUUAACAUCCAUUGUAAAUUAUGACAAGUAGAUUCAAAAUAAGCGCUACUGCUCACUCAUUUCUAUCAUCAGCGGUGUGUUGAUGUUUUUUUUUUUUUGAUAAAAUUAUUAAUUAUCCCAACACUGCUUUCAUAUGCAAAUUAUGUAUAUGAUUAAGCAGUCAAAUCACACGUGUGAUAUCAUUAGUAGAUUAUAAUGAAUUGUAACUUUGUUUUAAAUAAAUAUAAUUGUCUUGUAUUAUUCAAACUUCUAUGACUAUCAUAGUACAAGGCCAGUAUUUCAAUUCAUUAAAAUAAUAAUACUGAGACAAAAACCAUAAGAUCUUUGCCUGCGGCGUAUUGGCCUUCAGUGGUCUGUGCGGUAAUGUAAUAAAGAUUACAUUAAAUUUGAUACAAGUUAUAGAUCUUUAAAGGUUUAAAUGUGAAUUUCAAUAUGUCAAGAUGUGACUCAAAAUUUUAUUUGUUAUUGAUGAUGAUAUCACUACUUGAUUUUUAUAUGUGUAAACUUUAAGACAAUGGAUUGUUUUGGAACUAUUACAAUGAUUGUUUUUUUUUUGUUUCAUUGACGUUUAUAAAUUAUACAAUUAGACAUAUCAUUUCGUCAUUUAUAGUCAGCUGGAAAGUUGAUGUAGACAACAUUCCACAGACAAUAAACAGAUUAUUUAAUUAUAUAGAUAAUAAUUAUAAUGUUUAAACAUUUUGCAACCAAUAUGAUAUGUUUCUAUGAAUGUCAUAAGUAAGUUGUAAUAUUGAGCUCAUAUAAAGAUCAGAAUCUUAACGAAUUUCGAUACCUGUUGUGAACAGAAAUUGACUAUGUUGAGAUUUCCUUAAAAACUUUGCUUUAAUCUCAAUUGAAGUAAAGGACUAUUGCAAUUUAUAUGUUAGCUUUUUAUACUGAGCUCUAAAAACAAACAUUCAGAACAUGAAUUUAAUUAAACGAAUUUAGUUUGAUAUAGUUCAAAAACUGACUACGUUAAUUUUCUACAAAAAAAAAUAAAACUUGAAACUAAUUUGAGCUAUAAAACAUUUUGGAUGAAAUUGUAUUGUCUUCGAUUUGUUGGUAAACAAAUGAAUCAAAAACCUUUGAAUCGAUGAUUUAUCGUAUUCUUGAGUAUUUAAAUAAGAUAAUGUUAUUGUUGAUAAAAAUAAUAUUUUAUCAGUGAAUGCCAUUUUUGUAAAUUAUUAUCCUUUCCGUCACAAAUAGUCAGAAUACGUACAAAUCUAAUAAUAAAUACUUUAAUUAUUGGCUAGCCUCAACAAGUAACGUUUUCCCACGACAUUCGAUAUCUAUAUAUUGCCGUACAUAUAUGUAUGAAUAAAUCACUUUUAAUAAAACUUCCAUUUUGACCACUGAUUCUACUUGCACAGUUUUAAUACAGAUAAAGUGCCUUGUAAGUUAUUUUUUCUAUAUAAGUAAUAGUAAUUUUGAUAAUUUGCAUAUACCAAGGCAUUUUUGCUUUUCAACUUUAUCUUACUAUAGAAUAAGCCAUAAUUGUCUUCGGUUUUGAAAAUACUUUUGGAGCCAAAAUUUAAAUGCCAUAAUAAAAAAAUGUUAUAUUCCAAGACAUGAAAAAUUUAUUAUAUUAAACACAAAAAUAUGUUUGUUGUUAAUUUUUAGGUUUACAUAUACAAAUGGUUUUAAUCAUAUAUUUAUUAGGUUUGAAACUAGUAUGCUAGACUGAUUUGAAAAAAUGUGUAGCCAUAGCCAAAAAAUGCCUUCAUAUAAGUAUAAAGGUAAGGUAAAAAUGUUAAUUAUUGUUAAGUAAACAUAUAUAUAACUAUUAUUGAUGAUUUGUAUAGAAUUUAUAAAAUAAAGUUUGAGAAUAAAUA